AUGCAAAUACUACUUGGUGCUCCCAAAAUUGACUCUGAAACUGGGGAAAAUCAAGCCUCAGCAAUUAUUUCUGUCCUGAGUGAAUGGUCUAUCGCUGACAGUAUUACAGCAUUAUGUUUUGAUACUGCGGCUGUAAAUACAGGAAUUCACUGUGGUGCAUGUGUUCUCGUUGAACAAGCACUAAGAAGAGAGUUGACUUAUUUACCAUGCCGUCAUCACAUUAUUGAGCUAAUUUUAAUAUCCGCAUUUGAAACUUAUUGGCCUACAUCUUCAGGUCCAAAUGUUUCGAUUUUUACUCGGUUCAAAAACAAAUGGAGUGAUAUUGAUCAACAAAAAUAUACUACUGGGAUUUCAGACAGAGAAGUUCAAGAAGCCCUUGCAGAUAUAAAAGAUGAAAUCCUAAUACUUAUUGCUAAUUACUUACAAAUUUCGCAACCAAGAGGAGAUUAUAAGGAGCUUCUGGACUUAGCUCUGAUUUUUUUGGGAGCUUUGCCAUCUGACGGAGUAGUUUUUAAAUAUCCUGGAGCUGUUCAUCAUGCAAGGUGGAUAGCAAAAGCGAUUUAUAAUUUAAAAAUAUUCAUGUUUAGAAAUCAGUUAAAGCUAACAAAGACCGAAAUUGUAGGAGUCCGUCAAAUUUGUAUUUUUGUGAUAAAAUUUCACAUAAAAGCGUGGUUUUCAGCAACGUCAGCGAUAACAGCGCCAAGUAAUAAUUUAAUGCUGAUAAAAAAUUUGCUUCUCGACAAAAAAAUUAAUUCAGCUGUUUCAAAAAAGACAUCUGAGAAAAUGGCUAAUCAUCUGUGGUACCUUUCUGAAGAAUUAGCAGCUUUGGCUUUAUUUGAUUCGAGAGUUUCACCGGAAAUAAAAAUUAGAAUGGUAACUGCUAUAAAGUCCCGAGAUAGUAGUAUAUUAAAUAAAAAGCGCUUCAUAAUCAAUAAGAAUAAGUUGAAUACGUUAUUAAUAAAAGAUCUAAGUCAUUUCGUUUCUAAAAGAUCAUUGGUAUUAUUUGAACGAUUUGGAUUGUCUACUGAGUUUCUUGAUGUCGACAUCACUUUAUGGGCUAGUCACAGAAGCUUUCAAGAAAAUAUUCAAUUUUUUAGUACAUUAAAAGUAGUGAAUGACGUUGCUGAGAGGAAUGUCGCAUUAAUUACUAAAUAUAAUCAGCAUUUAACUAACAGUGAAGAACAAUUUUAAGGUUUGCUACAAACGGUAAAAAAACAUAGAGAAGACUUUCCGAGCUGUUCU